AUGCACUAUCUUCAAGCACAACUGGUAAAACCAUUGACAUCACUAACACACUUUGAGAGCCGGGCAAAGGAAGGUGUCAAAUUGGCCAUUAGGCUCUCGGGAGGCUCCAAUGCAACCACAUAUCACUGGAUAAAUACUACAUCUAUGCUAUUACCCGGCUCAGCUAUUAUAGAAAUUGAUGCUGACAUUGAACCAGCUAUUCUAACAGAGAACAUUUUUGCACUCAACCCAGAACAAGUCACCCUAGGGGACAUAUUGGCUGGAGAUAAUGGAGAGGCAGACGAGGAUCAAAAUAAUGAAGAAAGUAAAAAGGUAGCUGAUGUGCAGAUCAUUUUGGAGGCUCUAGAGAUAGAUAUUUGCAAGGACCUUGACUUUGACAAAUUCCCUAUCUUGUCCUACAAUGAAACAGCAAUUGCAGCAGGUUUAACUACAAGGAAAGUGCGAGAACCUCAAGAUAGAUUCCGGCAGCUGGUAUUUAAAGCUAGAGAUAUCACAAUGCUCUCCUCUCUAUCUGCUCCACUCAAUGAUACAUGUGUUAACAGCUGCACCGCCUUGUUAAACUCAGAGUUCCUAUUGCCACAUGCUCAAUGA